CUGAAAUACAUGCGUGAGUGCCUCUCCCUAUCUGCCUCCCAUCGCCAUCCCUUCCCUGGCCCACUAGAGGCCCUCCUCGACGAUUUCAUUUGACAUCUCAUCGAUGAUUGUAUCUAUCUUGACCCCCCUGACUAACAUUCUAUCUCUUUGCUAUGCAGACCGGAUUCACUCGUGGGCGAAAGCUCACGCGUCUACCCCGAAUAAUUCCCAGGGUCAAAACCAGUCCAACACCCAGUCCUCUGAGGACGCUUCGGCUCAAGAUGCUCAAGUGAAAGAAGGUAUACGUGACCCGGCCAGCCCGGAGUCGGAAAAAGAUGCCAAUCAAACCACUGAGCGCCCACUGUUCGUCCGGAUGAAGGAUGGAAUUGUUCGCUUCACCGGACACACCAAACGCGCCCUGUGCCACAGCUGGGUCAAUGUGCUGCUCGUCUUCGUCCCUGUCGGCAUUGCGGUCCAGGCCGCUGGACUCAAUCCAGGCCUGGUCUUUGCCAUGAAUGCGAUAGCUAUCAUCCCCUUGGCCGGUCUGCUCAGCCAUGCCACCGAGUGUGUCGCUAGUCGAUUGGGUGACACUGUGGGUGCACUCAUCAACGUCACCUUUGGAAAUGCAGUAGAGUUGAUCAUCUUCAUUAUUGCCCUAGUCAAGAAUGAGAUUCGGAUCGUCCAAGCAUCCCUGCUGGGAUCCAUCUUAGCAAACCUACUGCUGAUCUUGGGUAUGGCCUUCCUCUUGGGAGGCUUGCGCUUCCAGGAACAGAUCUAUAAUAGCACUGUCACGCAGAUGAGUGCAUGUCUUCUCAGUUUGAGUGUCAUGAGUUUGCUCUUGCCAACGGCGUUCCACGCUUCUUGGUCGGACGCUGGAGAUGCAGAUAAAUACACGCUCAAAGUCAGCCGUGGAACAAGUGUUGUCUUGCUCCUGGUGUACGUUUUGUACAUCAUAUUCCAGCUCAAAUCCCACGCCUACCUAUACGCCAGUAUCCCACAACAGAUUAUUGAUGAGGAAUCUCACCCCGGUGUUCUGGCUGAAUUCAUGAACAGUUCGUCAGACUCGAGCAGUUCAUCGGAUGAGUCUGUGGAUACGACAACCUCCUGGUCCACCGCCAAGCGUAUAAAGAGAGCCAUGAAACAUAGGCGUCAUCGCAAGUCGAGCACCAGCUCGCAUGGCACGGUUUCUCCCCAGUCAUUCCGUAAGAAGUCCUCGGCCGAUAUUCCUCCUGCAGCCGUUAUAGAUGAGCAUGCUGGUUCUGCGGGUGACCUGAGUGUUACUCAAGCCGACGGGUCUGGCUCGUUUGUCAUCGAUUUUGGAGAUGACAGCCGAUACGAUGCCGAUCAUGAACCUCAGACCCGGGACUUUGGACAACCACAGGACAAAGCCUCCAAGGAGGAUCGAAAGGCGAAAAGGCGUGAACGCCGGAAGCAGCGUCGUGCCGAAAAGGACAAUACCGCCGCUUCUGUGAAGGGCACAACUGUGACCGGCCGCCCAUCCAUGAAAACAUCCCAGACAGAACCCGCCUUUGAUCACCCUCAGCCUACGGCGGAGGUUGGAGAAGCAACUGAACCCGCCAAAAGGCGAUCGCCCUUCCGUCCAACCAUUCCAUCUCUGUUGAGCAACACGGUUUUCUCGAGUAACUUGGCCGCCCCCAACUCAGCAGUUCCCGCCAGUCCCUCGAAUCCCUAUGGCCUCCGACGCACGCAUUCUUUACCCUCUUUCACCAAUCGCCCACCACCUCCAGGCAAUGCCGUUCAGUUUGCCCGGGGUGCUUCUCGCAUGCCUACGGCCGUGGCCAACAACCCAACUGAAGCGGUUCCCGAGCAGCCCGAACCCGAAAUGUCUCGCACCGCAGCGGUGGUGAUGCUUCUGGUGUCGACCGGUCUUGUCGCAGUGUGUGCGGAGUUCCUCGUCGACGCUAUCCCCACCAUGAUCGAGAGCUCGUCUGUCAGUGAAGCCUUCAUCGGUCUGAUCAUCCUUCCUAUUGUUGGCAACGCCGCCGAGCACGUGACCGCUGUCAGUGUGGCCACCAAGAACAAGAUGGACCUGGCAAUCGGUGUAUCGGUAGGAAGUAGUAUCCAAAUUGCUAUCUUUGUUACGCCACUGGUGGUCAUCCUGGGUUGGUGUAUGGACAAGGACAUGUCCUUGUACUUCACGCUAUUCGAGACCAUCUGUCUGUUUGUCACGGCCUUUGUUGUCAACUUCCUGGUCUUGGAUGGCCGAAGCAACUAUUUAGAAGGGUCUUUGCUCAUUGCAGCCUAUGUGAUCAUAGGUGUUGCUGCGUUUUAUUAUCCUGGCAGUGGACAGUCCAGCGAUCUUGGCACUGCUGGAGGAUAAGCGGCUGCCAGGGGUUCAUCAAGACCUAUGUCAUAGCACCGGGUGUUUUAACACCCGACUGCACAGUGGUGGUGGAGUAGAGGGGGUUAGUGAAUUACGGGGGGUGGGUUCGGAGACAUGGGAAGAAGACGGCGGGUUUAUGUUAGAUGGUGGGCGAGGAGGAUGGUUACAUUAAACGAG